GCAUGACAGAGGUGAUGAACACACGCGAACCCGUGAUGGAGGAGUUUACCUUGAGCCAGCCGGAGGAAGAAGGAGGAACUUCGAGCCAGCCUUUUCCAGAUGCGCACGAAAAGUACCCUAAGCUUUCGAAAAGAUUACCGUCCAUUGUAGUAGAGCCAACUGAGUCGGGGGAUGUCGAAAGCGGAGAGCUUCGUUGGCCGCCGGACGACCUGAAGUCCAUGGAUGAGAAGAAGAGAGCUCAGGCGCAGCAGCAGAAGCAGGAGGGUCUUGAAAGUAGCCCACCUCACCAAGAAGCGGGAGAAAGCACAGAAUCCACCGAAAGCAGAACUGAGGAAGAUGACUAA